UAUCCAUACCACAUAGUUUAUUUAGUAAAAUUGUACAUCAUGAUUAUAUUGAAAUGACUAGAUGUACAAUAAAUAAUUUUCCAAAUGAAAAAACAAAAUAUUGGUUAACGAUUUAUACAUUUAUUACACAAUAUAUUCUACCGAUUGGUAUAACAACAUUUUGUUAUCUACAUAUUGGUGUAUUUUUAUGGCGUCGUGAAACAAUUGGUUUGAUUUCUGAACGUAAACGUUUAUUAUUAUUACAAAGGAAAAGGAAACGUAUUCGUUUAUUAAUAAUGGUUGUUGCAACAUUUGCUAUUUGUUGGUUACCAUUAAAUCUUUAUAUUUUGCUCACCGAUCUUGGUUUCAUUACACAUCAUCAUAUUCUUUUAUUUUUCAUUGUACAUUGGUUUGCAAUGAGUUCUGUUUGCUAUAAUCCAUUCAUUUAUUGUUGGCUAAAUGAAUUGUUUCGUCAAAAAAUAACAUCAAUGUUAAAAUAUUUAUUCUGCAAUCCAUGUAUUAUAAUAGCUGAACGUUUAUUUUGUUGUUAUUAUUGUUGUUUUUGUUGUUGGUGUUUACGUUGGUGUAAACCGAAUACAUUCAAUACAAUACCAACUGUAUCAACUGUUUGUGAUCAAAUUUAUAUGGAUAAUAAUUGUUGUUGUUCAACAAUUAAUAAUAAUAAUAAUAAUCAACAACAACAACAACAACAAAUUUCAAUAGAAAAUGAAUGGAAUUUUGAAAAUGAAUUAAAUCAAAAUCCAGUUUCAUUAGCAUCAUGGUCAAGUACAACAAAUAGUGGUAAUACAACUGGACAACAACAAGCUAUUUCUGAAUUAAUUUCAAUGUCUGCUUAUCUUGAAAAUAAUCAACAACAACAAAAUUCUUUAAAUAAUCAAAAUAUUAUCAAUAGUUUCGUGACAAAAGAACAACGACUAGCAUUGAUGACUACACAAGCUGGACGUCGUCGUUAUCAUAGUGGACAAUUAAUAAUGUUAUUGACAAGAGCUAAUGCAUUUCACCAACAACAACAACAACAACAAUCUCAACGACAACAACAACAACAAUCAUCGCAUCAAUCAAAACAAAAUGAAAUUGAAAUACCCGAACCCGAACCAAUCACAAAAACAACAUCACUUAAUCUUAAUUCAUUUUGUUCAUCAUCUGAAACGGAUGAAAUCAAUAAUAGUCCAAAUUGUGAUAAUGUUUAA